GGUACAUACGUCCAGCUAGAUACAUGGGUUUUGUGAAACUGUGUCAUUACCCAUCUGGAUGAGCAGACCCUUUACACCACUAGAUUAUGGCUGCGAUGCGUCACAUUAGAAGAAGUAACGAAAUACCUCUUAAUUUUGUAUCACGCACUCGAAGUCGAAGACCACGCAUUGGUGUUCGGAGGGAAAUAGUUUCUGUGAUACCGACCCCCAACCUAACUUCCAGUGAUGUGUCUCUGGCAGUGGAGGAUCGUGAAAUUCCGGGGAAAUAAUAUGCCAUGAAAAUGUUGUUGAAACUGGUGCUGUGGAUGUUUCAGCGCAUAGCAAACGUAAAGAAAAGUUAGCUGAAAUGUGGGACAGUUUGAGAUCUAGUGCAACACAAGUUUUAACUGAAGGGUUUGGGUUACCUGAAGUUAAAUGCUGCUGUGAAGAAAGAGCCACAGUUAGGUGUUUGCAGUGUGGUCCGUGUUCAUACUUCUGUCCAAGAUGUGCAGUGUUACAGCAUAAAUCCUCCUUUUUCCAUCAUUGUCCAGAAGUUUGGAAUGGUGUGUGUUUCAUUCCUUUUGAUGUUCCUGGCUUAUGUUUCAAUCAACAUUUGCAUUUAUGUGAUAAGCAAAAGCCGCGAUCUGUUACGUUGUUUCACAUAGAAGGUAAGUUAUAGGGAAUGUUUAUUUUUGUUGAGUUUUAUUAUAAACAGGAAUGCCACAG